AUGGCUGGAGCAGCUGAAGACGGUUGGAGUGACGGUGGCUGCUGGAAGGCUGAUGUCAAGUCUUCAAGGAAUGAAGCUGCGACUUCACUGGCGAAGGAUGUGUCUUCGUUGAGGAAGAAGACAAGGAUCCCUUCUGCUGAGAAGACUCAAGUAGGAGUUGUUCCCUUGUCAUCAGCUAGGGUUAAACAUCUCGUUGGCGCAGAUAACAAAAAGAUUGGCAGUAUGCGCAAUAUUCGGGAUGUUCCACUCAAGCCUUGUUCCGAUGGAGAUCGAACUAGGAGGUCUGCUCAUCUGCCUUACCAUCAUGAUCCAGCUGUUGAGUCACAAGUAGUUAAGCUUGGAGUUGAUUCAGCGUCGUUGACUUCUUUGGAGGUGAGGAUGGUUGCGAAUAAGAGGACGCGAGAGUCAUCUGCCAGGGCGAAGGGUUCUUCUACAACAUUUGCGGCUGAUCUCAAGGUGGACAAGUCCAGCCUUGCACGGAAUGCAGGCGUGGUUGUUGAAGACGAACUUCCUGUCAACCCCGUCUACUUGCUUCAGCUAGUUGAUUAUAUCUAUCAGGCUAGCGAUCUUGAUACCUUUUUAAGUCUUUCCUUAGAAAAAGAAAGGGAAGCAACAUUUCAUCUACUUCAAAGAGGAGUAGUUGUUGACUUGGUUAGUCGAAAAGACGCCUACCUCCUUCUUGAGAGCAAGAAUGCGGACAUCUCCCUUAGUUAUGACAAGCUUCUGGCUAGAUUUGGAGCCUAUCACAAGUCUGCUGAAAAAUCCAAGUUUGAUGCUAUCACAGAUGCAUACAAGCUGGGCUACUGUUGGUCCGUCGCAAAUCUCGCGGCCUGGUGCUCCGGGCUGAGGGGAUGUUCGUCAACACGUAACGUCCUACUUUUGGAUGCAGUGUUGUUGUGCGCGGGCGUGCCAGCACGGUCUACCAUGCGUUGA